AUUGUUUGGUCCCAAAAAGAAAAGUUUAAUUAAUUGUUGAAUUCAUAAGUUUAAUUAAGUGAAGAUCUACAAUAUAAAUUGCUUAUAAGAUGCAUGAUAUACAUAAAUUGUGUAAAAUAUGCCUAAAUCCAGGAACGCGAGAUAUUUUCGAUAGUGGAUUCACAAAUAUCGUUUCUCGGGACGAAUUAAACAGAAUAGCGGAAAAAUUGAGAUUUGUGACGCUCUUAAAGGUCAGCCCUAAAGAAAAUCUUCCUCAACAAAUUUGUGAUCUCUGCAUUGUACAGCUCAAUGUCUCAUACAAUUUUAAGCGAUUGGCACUAAAGAAUGACUUUUAUAUCCGUCAAUAUAUGAUUGAGAAUGGUAUGAAUCUACUAAAAGAAGAUGAUGAUCAUCCAGUUGAGAAUUCAAUUGAAAUUCAUCAAAUUCAUAAUGUUAUAAGAACAUCCAGUAGAUAUCGUCCUCAACCAGCUAUUUCAUCAAUUCCUAAUGAGCCUUUUCGUCGUAAUUCGACGACAUCAUCCGUAUCUGGUAUAUCUACAAUGAUUGUUAAUGGAUGUGAAACAAAUGGAACUGCUGUAAAUGGUAAUACAUCUGACAAUCAAUUUGUACAUCCAUCAAGGCCUUUUGUACAACCUAUUCAAAUUAAAACGGAACCUAUUGAUCCUGAUGAAGAAAACAAUGGUAAAAAUCCAACAACACAAUCCUCUCCUUCCAGUUCCUCAAGUGGAUCAGUUUUGACAAUUAACAGUAGCGAGAAGUCACUGAGAGCGCGAGCUAAAUCACCUCCAAUGAUUGUCAUUAAUGGACAUAUCUCAAACACCCCAAAUAAUAAGACGUUGCCUCCAACAUCGAGUAAAGCAGUUACAAAUACUGAUAAAGGCAUAACAGAGAAAUUGAGGGACAAGGAGAAUGAGGAACCAAAAAAGACGAAUUUACGAGUUAAAAAGACUAACGAGAAGCCACGAAAUAACUUACGAAACUUGAGAACUAUAAAGAAGCCUACAAAUCCUAUUGAAAAUAAGAGAAAGCUACGAGAGGCUGCAAAAAAGAUAAUCGAGAAACGGAAUCAACAGAAGAAAGAAGCAGGCUUGAAGAAAAUUAAGAAAGCGAUUCGAAUGAAAACAGCCAAGAAUCAACAAAAUGUCAUGAGCAAAAAGAAGAAGGAACAGAAUGGCAAGCAACAUAAAAAUGUUCAAGGAAGGCCGAAAGGUAAGGGAAAGGGGAAGAAAUGAAGAUAUUAAUUUUUGAUUGAUUAAAUUUGAAUGGUUGUGGCAUGCUGCAUCCAGCAUGGCACAGUUAAUUUUGGAUAAAGUCUAUAAAAUUAAGCAAUGAAAUGCAUAAUCAAGUUUUGAGAUUUGUUGAAUGAAAUUUUGGAUUAAGGAACAGUUUCGUGCAUUUUAAGUAGCUAAAUUUACAUAUUUUGAAGACGCUAGUUUCAUUUUAAUUAAAGUAUAAUUUUUUAUCCUAAUAAUUUUAAUUAAUUCACAAGUAUAUAUGAUUUAAUAUAAUUAAGUACAGACGAAAUUAUAUGAAAGAACCUAAUAUCUGUAACAAUUUAGACUGUAAAUGAUAUUAAUUAAUGUGUAACAUAAAGUUUAAAAAAAUGACCUGAAUAAAAUAUAUAAAAAU